AUGCUCUCGCGCGCAGCCUUCCGUCUUAUUGCGGCUCGCCCGCUGCUUGUGCCGCUUCCCCGAGCGCCCGCCGCCGCCUACGUGCGCACCUACGCGAAAGACUCCAGGAAUCGCGCCACCAAGAAGCCGAUUUCUCGCCAGUCCGAGCCGAACGCCGUUCCAAAGCGACAACGCGCCGCUGAGUCCUCGCAACAGACGGGAGAGUUCAACCCCGCUGCGUCGCCCGACAAGAACACCACCCCGCAAUCACCGCCGGCACCGGGCAAGCCCAGCUCUGCGGCUGAGCACCAGUCCUCCGAGUCUGCCGGCUUCUCCACUUCUCAGCCCGAAUUCGAAAGCCCUCAGUCGACCGAGGCCAACACCACUCCCGCCGAUGCUCCCGCCGAUGCUCCCGCCGAUGCUUCCGUCGAUGCUCCCGCCGAUGCUCACCAGGCGCAAAAGCCUUUGCCCGACUUGAGGCAUGGCAUUCCCUCCACCUUUGCCGAGGAGUUCCUCAAAUCCACCCCGUCGUCCAAGGAGGAUGCUCCCGAGCCGAAGCCUAAUGUCACUGAAGACCCUAAAUACGAACAACCCGAGCCUGAAACAUCUGGUGGCGACUAUGGUGACCGUGAGGGCGGUGAGCUUCCGAAGUCCGCAUACGAGACGUCUACGGAUAGGAAAAGGAACAUGUACGCAAACAUAACUAUGGUUAUGGGUGGUGUCUUGUUGGUGACUGGUGGUUUGUUCCUGGGCCGUGAGUGGGAGUCCGAGGAGGAAGCAAAGCAGCACCCGGAUGUCCCUUCCGGCUGGUCACCGUCGGCCGUGUACGCGCGCGCGAGUGCCAGACUCUCCGGAUCUCUGGGUUACUACACCGAGCCUGUAUUCCCCAAGCUGCUUCCUGUGGUCGACCCUGCGCCGCCGUUCACACUGGUGUUGAGUUUGGAGGAUCUGCUUGUACACAGUGAGUGGACUCGCGAGCAUGGAUGGCGGUUCGCGAAGAGGCCUGGUGUUGAUUUCUUCCUGCGCUACCUCUGCCAAUACUACGAGCUUGUUAUUUUCACCAGCUUGCCCAUGGCCAAUGGCGACCCCGUCAUUAGGAAAUUGGACCCCUUCCAUGUCGUCAUGUGGCCUCUUUUCAGAGAAGCCACACGAUAUGAGAAGGGCCAGUACGACCUUUCCUACCUGAACCGCGACCUGAGUAAGACCAUCAUUAUCGACACCAAGGCAGAGCACGUUAAGAACCAACCCGAGAACGCAAUCAUCCUCCCUCCAUGGAAGGGUGAGAAGAACGACAAGGGCCUUGUCUCGCUUGUCCCCUUCCUUGAGUACGUUGCGACGAUGGGUAUCACUGAUGUGCGGACAGCCCUCAAGUCUUUCGAGGGCAAGGACGUUGCAGCCGAGUUUGCGAUCCGUGAACAGAAGGCCCGUGAAGCUUUCCACAAGCAGCUGGAGGAGGAAAACUCGCGUAAGCCCAAGCGUAGCGGCAUGAGCGCAUUGGCGGGUGCGCUGGGCAUGAAACCAGCGGCUCCCCAGGGUGGCCUCAUCGUUGGAAAGGAGAGCGCAGCUGAAGGAUUUGCGAAGGGCAAGAUGCUCUCGGACCAAAUCCGCGAGCAAGGCAUGAAGCAAUACGAGGUUAUGGAGAAGGAGAUCCGCGAGAACGGCGAGAAGUGGCUCAAGGAGAUGGCGGAGGAAGAGAAGAAGGCGCAAGAAGAACAAAUGAAGAGCAUGAAGAGCGGCCUUUUCGGGUUCUUAGGGAACAAGCCCGAAUGA